AUUCGGGUGUGGACGGUGUGGGCGGUGUGGGCUGGACAUCGCACCUCAGGAGCUGGUCAUGCGCGCCCUCAGACACGUCUUCCACCUACACUGUUUCACCUGCGCCUCCUGCCACGUCCAACUCCAUAAAGGUGACCACUUCGGGAUGCGGGACGGAGCUGUGUACUGCCGCCCUCACUACGAACUCAUCCUACAGUCAGAGGCGGAGAUGGAGGCGGUGGCGGUGUCUGCAGGCAUGUCAUACCCGCCCCUCUCCCCUGCCACGCCACGCCUCGCCUUUUACAACGGCGUGGGCGCGGCGCAGAAGGGCAGACCGAGAAAGCGAAAAUUACCCACGGAAGACCUACCUCCUCUAACCCCACUCACCCCCGGCAUGGAACUAGUGCCUAGCGGGGAGAUGUCAAUGGACGGGUAUCGUUAUGAGCACCAGGCACCUAACCAGAACCGCACAAAGCGCAUGAGAACCUCCUUCAAGCACCAUCAGCUCAGAACCAUGAAGUCUUACUUUAAUCUCAACCAGAACCCUGAUGCCAAGGACCUCAAGCAGCUGGCUCAGAAGACGGGGCUGUCCAAGAGAGUUUUACAGGUGUGGUUCCAGAACGCUCGGGCCAAGUGGCGGAGGAACAUCCUGAAGCAAGAGCACGAGAGGCACGUCGGGGAUAAGAUGAAGGAUCAGUCGGGGAUGCUGGCGGACCUCCGACCUGUGGAUUCCCUGGGACCCGGACUCACAGACCUCUACGCUAUGUCCUCCGGAGACGAGGGAAGUCAGUCGCUGCAGUUCACAGACAUGUGUCAGUAAGAAGAAGCCAGCGGUAGUGAGAGCAAGAAGAGGGAAGUCCACAGGUAUUCAAAACAGGGUCGUGGAGAAUGUAAAUAUUAGAGUUAGCCAGAGUAGUGUUGAGCUUCGUCUUAGUCGUGGCUAACGCAAGGGAGGGGAAUCAUUCCUCAGCUUGCUGGCCAACAUUUUACAUGGAACAAAUAAUAUUUCACUUUUUAAUAU